AUGCCAAAGAUCAGACAUUCACGAACUAAAAAACCUCCACAAGGCUUCGAAGACAUCGAACCAGUUUUAUUGGAAUUUGCUCAAAAAAUGAAAGAUGCUGAAAACGAACCACAUGAAGGAAAACGUCGUGUUGAAUCUUUAUGGCCAAUAUUUCGAUUACACCAUCAGAGAUCGCGUUAUAUAUAUGACCUUUAUUAUAAACGAGAAGCCAUCUCAAAAGAAAUUUAUGAUUAUUGUUUAAAAAACGGUUAUGCUGAUGGAAAUUUAAUUGCAAAAUGGAAGAAGCCUAGAGAUACAAAUUUUGGUACGACGUGUAUUUGCCGCGUUCCUAAAUCCAAAUUAGAAGAAGGUCGUGUUGUUGAAUGUGUGUUAUGUGGCUGCAGAGGUUGUUCAAGUACUGAUUUUACUUUUAUCAAGAAAGAUCAAAAAUCAAAACAGAAAAGACUUCAAGAAGAACAGGAAGGUGAAGAGGUUGAAGGUGAAGGUGUGGAAGAGCAGCAGCAACGACAAUUAAAUCAAUAUAUGGCAGCUCAACAAGAAACAUAUGGAGAAUCAUCUUCGCAGUCAACAUUAGCUCAAAAUGAAUUAUUGAAUUCCUAA